UGAGAAAGCAGAAUCUCACAGCCAACUGGAGGGAAGGGAGCACAAGGGGAAAUCUCUGCACCCUGGACUCCUCCAAAUGAGCUGUUCUCCUCUUGGAUAUAGUAGACAGCCAGAGACCCAGAGCCGCACCUCGCCUGCAUCUUGUCCUCCUCUAGCACCCAGUCACCCCCUGCGCCAGGCCAACAGGCUGCCCAUCAGGGUGAUCAAGAUGCUGACUGCUCACAGUGGACACUUGCUACACCCGGAAUACUUGCAGCCCCUCUCCUCCACUCCUGUCAGCCCAAUAGAGCUGGAUGCCAAGAAGAGCCCACUUGCACUGCUGGCUCAGACAUGCUCUCAAAUCGGAAAGCCAGAUCCUCCUCCGUCGUCAAAACUGAAUUCUGUGACUUCGAGUGGGAUGAGUGAAAAAGAAAGUGGCCGCUCUUCUUCAAUGAAGCUGGGAGAGUCUCCUCUGGAGGAUAAGUCCAGCUUCAAACCCUAUUCUAAAGGUUCUGAGUCCAGGAAAGAAAGUGGGUCAUCUUCUGGUGGUAAUUCAGACAAAGCUGGAUUUAGGGUGCCUAGUGGUUCUUGUCAGCCAUUUCCCCCUCAUGCUCCAUCUCCGUCCUCAAGGGUCAGUUCUCCUGGGCAGCACUGUGACAGUAAAAAUAACGAUAACCAAGAGAAGAAGGAGUCUGAAGCCAUAAAAAUCAGUUCAGAGGUGUCUCAAGUAAACCCUACUCUAACCAGAACAAGUACCAGCAACUCUAGUGCAGAGUCCAGGGAAAGUGGGGCUAUUACCCCGAGCAGCAAAUCAGAACCUCCUUCACUUGGAUCUGGUCAUGUGGCCCCUGUCUCACCCUACAAACCUGGACAUUCUGUAUUCCCUCUUCAAUCUUCUGGCAUUGGAUAUCACGGAUCAAUAGUGGGUGCCUAUGCUGGAUACCCGUCUCAGUUUGUCACAGGUCUUGAUCACACCAAAUCAAGUCUAGUUGGGAGCCAGCUUCCUGGGACUUUAGGUUUGCCGGGGAAGCCACCCAGCUCUAGCCCUCUUACUGGUGCUUCUCCUCCUUCAUUCAUGCAAGGAUUAUGCAGGGACCCAUACUGUCUAAGCUACCACAAUGCUUCCCACCUCGGUUCCAGCAGCUGCUCUACUUGUGUACAUGAUCCAUCAGCGCUCAAAUCUGGUUACCCAUUAGUCUACCCCAGUCACCCUCUCCAUUCAGUGCACACAACCAUGUCUUCCAGUGUAACCCCAUCACUGUCUGGUCAUCCGCUUUAUACUUACAGCUUUAUGCUCCCCAAUGACCCUGUCCCACACAUAUGCAACUGGGUAUCAGCCAGUGGACCUUGUGACAAAAGAUUUUCCUCUUCUGAAGAACUUCUAGCCCAUCUAAGGACACAUACUGCUUUGCCUGGGGCUGAUAAACUCUUAGCUGGUUACCCUUCAUCAGGUUUGGGUUCCGCUGCUUCUUGCCACCUUCAUCUUCCACCUACUGGGCCUGGAAGCCCAAACACUUUGCCGGGGUCUCUGUCUUUAAGGAGUCCACAUACCUUGGGACUAAAUAGGUACCAUCCAUACGGAAAGAGUCACCUGACAACGCCCAGUGGUCUCCCAGUUCCCUCGUUACCAGCAGGAUCUUAUUACUCACCAUACGCAUUUUAUGGACAGAGGUUAACAUCAGCUUCAGCAUUAGGUUACCAGUAAAUACAAAUUAAACCCUACAGCAGAGACUAUAUAUUUAUUUACUGUAUGUUAGCUUCAAGCUGGGAAAAUUUAAGUGCAUUAUUUACAACAAUUCAAUGGUAUGCAAAGAUCCUAUGCCCCAAAAUAUUUUUUUCAUUCCCUGUCUUCCAUUUGAUCUUUUUUCUUUUCUUUUUUUUUUUCUUCCUCCCCUAUAUUCUAUUUUUGCUGUUUUGCAUGACACUCAUUGCUUUUUCCAUUCUUUUAUUUCUUUCCCUGUUUGGGGUGAAAAAAAAACUAACUAAAAAUUCAACCUCCUUUUGAUUUGUACAGUUCUACAGAAUGUAUUUUUUUUUGUAAUGUAUUUUCGGCAUGGUGGGAUUGGGUUGGAGGAACAAAUGAGGAAACAAACAUUUGGUGGCUAUCUAAAAUUGGCAAAUCUUAUUUUGUUAAUAAAUGAAAACUUAACUAUUA